AUGAGUGGAGGUUUGGUUUUGGCUUGGAAGAAAGAAAUUCAUCUUAACAUUAUUUCAUUUAGUUUGAGGGGUAUCUAUGUCACAUAUACUGACAUUAUUCACACUAAAACUUGUCAUAUCCACUUCAUGUAUGGUAAACCCAAUAGUAGCUUAAGACAUGCCUUCUGGGAACAACAAUGUCAACAGUGUAAUGCUCCCUUAGAUGAACAAGUUUUAUUUAUAGGAGAUUUUAAUGCUCUCUUAGGAACUGAAGAUAAAAAUGGUGGUCUAGAGGUUGAUGAUGUUGAUUUUUCAAACCUUAGGAACUUCUGUUCUGUGUUUAAUUUGUAUGAUCCUGGUUUUUCAGUACCUAGGUUCACUUGGUCUAGUAUGCAACAAGGUUCAGAUUUGAUCCUUGAGAGAUUAGAUAGAUGUCUUAUCAACCAACUUGCUGAAGAGAUUUUCCCCAAACUUUGUGUUAAUAAUUUACUCAUAGACUCUUCUGACCAUUGUCCCAUGCAUAUUGUUUUUAAUUAUGAGAAUGUUUGUUCUCCUGCUUAUAAAUUAAAAGCUAACCUUUUAAACACAAAGAAAGGUCUUAGAAACUGGAAAAAAAGUUCCUUUGGUAAUAUUCAAACCAAUAUACCUACCAUUAGGAAGGACUUGGCAGAUAUUCAAUGUAAUAACCCUACAGAUACUAGUUCUACUUCCAGACUGAAAGCUAGGUUGGAAUACAUAUACAAUCUAGAAGAGUUAUACUCGAAGGACAAAUGCAGAGUCCCGCUUGCUGAACUUGUCUCUCAAUAUAGGCCUACAGGACUUUGUAAUUUCAUCUACAAAAUUCUUUCGAAAACUCUGGCUAAUAGACUAAAACCUUUUAUGAAUAAUAUUAUAUCCAAAAAUCAAAGUGCUUUCAUUCCUAAGAGGAGUAUUUCUGAUAAUAUUCUUCUGGCAAAUGAAGCUAUAUAUGCUGUCAAUCAUAAUGACAAAGUGGAGGGAAUUGCUGCCAUAAAACUUGACAUGUACAAGGCUUAUGAUAAAUUAGAGUGA